AUGGCUGUCUCAAUUCCAUUAUCGUUUCAGAUUCUUCUUCUUCUUCUCUUAACUAGAGCGGUUCUUUCGUCUUCUUCCGAGUACUUAAUCGGUGUGGGAAGCUAUGACAUCACUGGUCCCGCAGCUGACGUCAACAUGAUGGGAUACGCUAACUCAGAGCAAAUCGCGUCAGGGAUUCAUUUCCGUCUACGAGCUCGUGCCUUCAUCGUCGCUGAGCCUCAAGGUAACCGCGUCGCGUUUGUGAAUCUUGACGCUUGUAUGGCGUCUCAGAUCGUUACUAUCAAAGUUCUUGAACGACUCAAGGCAAGAUAUGGUGAUCUUUACACAGAGAAGAACGUGGCAAUAAGUGGGAUCCACACACAUGCUGGACCAGGAGGGUAUCUUCAGUACGUCACGUACAUUGUCACAUCUCUUGGGUUCGUUCGUCAAUCUUUUGACGUUCUCGUUGAUGGCAUUGAACAAGCCAUCAUGCAAGCUCACCAAAGUCUACGUCCUGGUUCUGUUUUUAUCAACAAAGGUACUCUCUCUUUUGUCUUCUUUAAUAAUGUUUUCUUGAACUCAACCAUUUUAUGUGUGUGUGUGUGGAUAUUAGGAGAUCUUUUGGAUGCUGGUGUGAACAGAAGUCCUAGCUCUUAUCUAAACAAUCCUGAAGCUGAGAGGAGUAAAUAUAAGUAUAACGUUGAUAAAGAAAUGACGCUUCUCAAGUUUGUUGAUUCAAAGUUGGGACCUAUUGGUAGCUUUAACUGGUUUGCAACUCAUGGGACUUCCAUGAGCAGGACUAACUCUUUGAUUAGUGGUGAUAACAAAGGCGCAGCAGCGCGUUUCAUGGAGGACUGGUUUGAAAGUGGACAAAAGAUCCCUCGCCGAGUAUCAACCAUUGUCUCUGAUCUGAGCACGAACCACAGUAGGCUUUUGGAUAUUGCAGCUUCUUAUAAGUCAUCUAAAGGACAGUCUCUUGAUGCUAAAGUCAGAGUAAGAAAGGAGCCAUUCGUCUCUGCCUUCUGUCAAUCAAACUGUGGUGAUGUGAGUCCAAAUGUUCUUGGUACGUUUUGCAUUGACACUGGACUGCCUUGUGAUUUCAAUCACAGUACUUGCAAUGGGAAAAAUGAACUGUGCUAUGGACGUGGCCCUGGUUACCCUGAUGAGUUUGAGAGUACACGUAUCAUUGGAGAAAGGCAAUUCAAAAUGGCGGUGGAAUUAUUCAACAAAGCUACUGAGAAGCUGCGAGGGAAGAUUGGUUACCAACAUGAGUAUGUAGAUUUCUCAAACCUUGAAGUCACGGUUCCUAAAGCAGGUGGUGGUGGAUCUGAGACUGUGAAGACAUGUCCAGCUGCAAUGGGGUUUGGUUUUGCUGCUGGUACAACUGAUGGUCCUGGUGCUUUUGAUUUCAAACAAGGUGAUGAUAAGGGUAAUGCCUUUUGGAGAUUAGUGAGGAAUGUGUUAACAACUCCUGGUCCGGAUCAGAUUCAAUGUCAAAAACCAAAACCUAUUUUACUUGACACUGGUGAGAUGAAGACACCAUAUGACUGGGCGCCAUCGAUUCUUCCGGUUCAGAUGUUUCACAUUGGUCAACUAAUCAUCCUCAGUGUCCCUGGAGAGUUCACCACAAUGGCUGGAAGGCGUCUCCGUGAUGCAGUGAAGUCAUUUCUCAUCUCUUUAGACAGCAAACAGUUUGACAACAACCUCCACGUAGUAAUCGCUGGUCUCACCAACACGUACUCUCAGUACAUCACCACUUACGAGGAGUACGAGGUUCAAAGAUACGAGGGAGCUUCAACGCUAUACGGCCCACACACACUCACCGCUUAUAUCCAAGAGUUCAAGAAACUAGCCACAGCUUUGGUCAACGGUCAAACACUCCCACGUGGGCCCCAACCACCAGAUCUUUUAGACAACCAGAUCAGUUUACUUACCCCUGUGGUCGUAGACUCCACUCCUUUAGGAGUCAACUUCGGUGAUGUUAAAACCGACGUGCCUCCCAAGUCAACGUUCGUGAGAGGCCAACAAGUCAACGCCACGUUUUGGUCGGGUUGUCCGAGAAACGACCUGAUGACUGAAGGAUCUUUUGCUGUUGUGGAGACUAUGCGUGGAGAGAAGUGGGUACCAGUGUAUGAUGAUGACGACUUUAGUGUGAAGUUUAAGUGGUCGAGACCGGGGAAGCUUAGCUCUGAGAGCCAUGCCACGGUGGAGUGGAGGAUACCGGAAUCUGCGGUGGCUGGAUCUAUUACAAGCUUCUCUGGUUCUUCUAGUGCCUUUGUAGUUGUAUGA